AUGUCUCUAUUCGGGGAUCGAAACUCUUCCCUGGAUGCUCUUCUCCACCAACUGCGGCCUUCUGCCUGGCAGCAGUUCCUGGAUCGACCGUGUAUUUUCCUCGCACGCAAGUUCUACACAUGGCAACCUGCAAUUCCUGCUCAACCACUCGCAAACUAUGUCUCUAUUGUCUGCGUGUCAGAUACUCAUAAUGCUCAACCAAAGCUCCCAAACAGGGACAUCCUAAUCCAUGCCGGGGAUCUGACGCAAUCGGGAUCUCUCCAUGAACUACAGAAAACGGUGGACUGGUUACGCUCGCAGCCGCAUAAAACCAGAAUAGUCAUCGCUGGAAACCAUGAUCUGAUACUUGAUGCUAGGUUUCCCCAGAAAAGCGAUGCAAAAACGACCAUUACUUGUGAUAACGGUCGCUGUCUACGGAUUUACGGAAGCCCCUAUUCUCCCUGCCACGGCAACUGGGCCUUUCAGUAUCUGCGGAGCGAGAAUGUCUGGAAUGAGAGGAUACCUGAUGGUAUCGACAUACUCAUAACGCAUGGGCCGCCGCGCGCGCACCUCGAUUUGUUGAAAAUGGGCUGUAUACACCUGUCGAAGGAGCUAUGGCUGAUUCGUCUACAACUGCAUGUCUUUGGGCACAUUCAUGAAGGUGCAGGAAUAGAAUGGCUACAAUUUGACCCAUUGCAGGAUGCGUGCGAACGUAUGAUUGCCUCCGGGGGUGGUAUUUGGAACCUUGUCUGGACGCUGAAAGAGUUUGCACAUGUCAAAACACUACUUGUGAACCCUGCCAUUGUAGGUGGGUUUCGGGAUAUUGAACGUCGACAGCCGAUUAAAGUGGUUGUUUGAUUGAAUUUUCAUGUGCCUAGUGCCCACACUCUCGCUGUUGUCGUACUCCUGGAAGCUCAGACAAAUGACACAUGAGGGCUCUCAGCAAUGAUAUUCAUUCUAACAACCGUG